AUGUCUCAUUUCUUGAGACAGUUCCUUAUUACACCACCCGAAAUCAUGGGGGAGCCGUCCCCAGUCUCAAGAUCAAUUCCUUCAGGGGGAGACAAUACAAUUGGAGAUACAACCUCUGAAAUCCAACCUCAACCUCUGGAAGAAGCAAUCACCUUGAGAAGGUACCUAAGCCAGAUCUCAUCUCAUCUUGAGCCAACCAACUUUUACGAAGCCAAUACCAAUCUCAAAUGGUGUAAGGCUAUGAAAGAAGAGCUUCAAGCAUUAAAAAAGAAUAACACUUGGGAUAUUAUACCUCUUCCUGUAAAUAAAAAACUCGUUGGAUGCAAAUGGAUAUUCAAAAUAAAGUAUAAUAGUGAUGGGACCAUUGAGAGAUACAAGGCCAGACUUAUCGCCAGAGGCUUCACUCAAACUUACGGAGUUGAUUACCAAGAAACGUUUACUCCGGUUGCCAAAAUGAACACUGUCAGAAUCCUUCUCUCAGUCGCAACUAAUCAAGGGUAG